UUGCACCAGGAAGAUGAAAGAAUAAUAGGAGCGCAUCUGAGAAGAAAUAUGGAUUGAGGAUUCGUAAUUUACAAAUACGAAGAAGAUGAAGAUCCUUCCUUUUACGACUAUUGUGAAUUCUCUAAAGAAAGAGAAUUCUUUAAAAAGUUUACUUUUGAGGAAGGAAAAUAUGCUGUGGUCCCAUUGACUUCAGGAGCGUUGAUGCAGAAAACUUUGAAAGCUUCAAAUACACCAAUUCCACCAAAAAUUGAAUUUGAGGAUACUGCAAUUCCUCAUCCAUAUUUCUCUUCUACUCUUAAUGAUAUUUUCAGAAAGCUGGAUCUGGCUGUUGAUGGUUUGUUAUCGGCUGAUGAAUUGAAUCAAUUUGGUAGAAUCAUCCAAGACCCAUUUUUCAUGAAAAUUAAACAGGAAGAUUUUGCAACUCAGAUAUUUGCUGAUGUUAGCUGAAACCAUGGAGGAGUUUCUUUACUUGGUUUUAAGCAACUUCUUUUCAGAAACUUUGAUGAUCAUAAAAUUAUGGGAAUCUUACACAAAUUAGGAUACGAUAAAUCCUUACACUCUACUAAGUCCAGAGUAUUCAUGCUCUCCUUCCAAGCAGAGGAUCACCCUAUUGUUGUAGAUAUUCAUGAUAUUUUGGAUAGUAAUUUCCAUAAAACUGCUUGGGAACAUUUUCUAGAUCAAGUUGGAGAAAAGGAAAACGUUGCAGAUAAAAUAAAAAUUAAUACUGAUUUCAACUUAUUUAUCCACUCCCAUCCGAACAUUCCCAGUCGGUCAUUCUUGUUUGAAAAUACCUCCGAUGAGUUCAAAUAAAGUUACUAUCAAAUUUGGAAACUCUAAAAAUUUGUUGUUUCUCCCAACUAGUGGUGUAGCCAUUAGAGUAGUACCUCCAGGAAAGUCCAUGUAUAUUUGCUCUUUAGGAGGUGAUCCUGAUGCCACCAAGAUCAAUUAUGCUUAUGAAUAUUGUGUUGAGGGAGUUGAAGCUCCUGAGGGAUAUGAAAAAGAUAAAGGAAAUGAUGAAGACGAUGAUAAUAAUAGUAGUGAGAAUGACUACAGCAGUAGUGAUGAUUACAGUAGUGAGAUUUAUCACAGUAGUGGGGAUGAUCACAGUGAUGAUAACGAAAGUAGUAAUAAUGUUGAAACCAGUAAUGAUGAUGAAACCAGUAAUGGUGAUGAGAGCAGUAAUGGUGAUGAGAGCAGUAAUGGUAAUGAGAGCAGUAGUGAUAAUGAAAGUAGUAGUGGAGAUGAGAAAAGCAAUGAAAAUUCUGAAGAAUCAAGCUGGGAAGAUUCAGAUUCUUAUCUCGAUUAAUUGAUAAAUCAUAACCAACAUAAUUUAAUAUAACAUU